AUGACUCAGUUUAUUGUAUGGGAAGUAAUUCCUUUGGGUGUCUGGAUACAACAGUUUAUUAAUGGCUGGAACUUUGUGUUGGCUAUCAAUGACAUGAAUCAUGUGUUCAGUGGGGGUUACAAUGAUUGCGGACAAUUGGGUAGACGUACGGAAGGAUUAGGUUUUGAAAUCAUAUCGGAAUUGAAUGACAAGAAUAUGACACAAAUAUGUUGUGGUAGUCAUCACUCCCUGGCCCUCACCACCAAUGGACAGGUGUAUGCGUGGGGUUAUAAUGGCUGGGGACAAAUUGGGAAUAAUACAGAUAUUUCAUCAUGGACACCAGUAUUGUUGGAAUUUGAGAACAAUUAUAAAAUCAAAAUACCAAAAGUGGGAAACAAUUUAUUUGAAAGCCAUUACCAAAACCUUUUCGAGGAGUUGUCGGCAAUAGGAUCGGGAGAAUUUAGCGAUGAAUAUAUGAAACAAAUUUUGAUGGAAGUGAAGAAUUUAAGAAAACUUAAUCCAGAUUUUGUGGUCCAAUAUAUCACUUCAUGGUCUGAAAGCAAACACCUCUACAUUCAGAUGGAGUUCUGUUCACAGAAUUUACGGAAUAUUCUCGAAAUUAAACCAAAAGUAUUUGACAGACAAUCGGGAGAUCCCAUGAAUUGUGUCGAGUAUUUCAUUUCGUGUGAAAUAUUCCGUCAGAUCUUAGAAAGUGUUCAGUAUUUGCAUGAAUUGAAUCCAAAGAUCAUUCACAGAGACCUCAAACCCGACAAUAUAUUGAUAGAUGUCAACGGCAGGAACGGCAGGUUUAUUAAGUUAUGUGACUUUGGUUUGGCUACAGAUCACGACAAAGACAUUAAUUAUAAAACUUACAAAAAGCACACCUCAGGGGUGGGAACCAUGAGAUAUAUGGCACCCGAAGUACUUCAGGGCUAUAAAUAUAACCACAAAUCGGAUGUCUAUUGUCUCGCAAUAAUUGGUUCAGAAGUAUUGGAUUUCGACUUAUUUUUGAUUGACUUAAAUGAUUUACAACACUAUUCACAAAGGGAUGACAUACUGAACGCACCGGUAGUUAAAUUGAAGCGAAUUCUGGUGUCAAUGGCUUCGACCCCAACAUUCAGUCAACGGCCCGACUGUUCACAAUUGAUGUCUUUGUCGGAAAGGUUGGGCACAAAAAGGGUUGAUACUGGCAUUAAUUGGCGUACAAGUACUAAAUAUAAUAAAGGGGGUAUCGGAAUAAGGGAAAACGUACAAUUGUAG